AUGAGGAUUGCUGUCAUGGAAGGUCCCAACGAUCUCCGUAGAUCUUUGGAACAAUCGCUUCAUGAUAUGGCAACCCAAGGUCCAGAGAAGCAGGAACAAUUCUGCCAAGUAUUUGCUAACGCUUUGCAAUUCGUGGAACGAGCCAUCUCGGAGGAAAUUGCGCAACAAGACCAGUACGCCUCCUCCUUGUUGAGAAGCAUCGAGCUCACCAUCUCCGUGCCCGAACAUCAGUCUCCACAGCAAGAAGCUGAUUUUCGCCAAGCGGCUCAAGCCCAAGUGCAUAACAGCAAGCUUCUCUCGGCUAAUGCUAAGAGAUUUGGGCAAAUGCUGCUUGAUGUAUCUCGGCUUGCGGAUACCAAGAUUUCUACUGAUAUCACAUUCGAAAAGACGGUGCAAGAACGCCUCUUGUUCGAACCAUGGGCUCAAUCCUCGUUCACCAAGAUUGUGGUCCUUUUCAGUGACGUCUUUGAAGCACUUCGAGACCUCAAAGAAGCGGCAAGCGCAUCGGGAAAGGCGGGAGUCUGGGUAGCACCCGAUUCCUUUGAGCGAAAGACCACAAAGUAUUGGGUACCCGAAGAGAAUCUACCAGAACUACUCAUGACAUGUGCCAGUGAGGCUCCGUUCUUGGUGUAUGGAAAGACUGGCCGUCUUUCAAGAGCCGAAGAUAUUCCUUUGGACGAUCUGUGGAAGAACCUAUCAUCCAAGAUCUCGUCCAUCUAUUUCGAUUCGCCUUCACUGGCCUUGUACAAGGAGCGAAUCAAGCGAAGAGAAGGAGCACAGCUGUUGCGAGCUCGAUGGUAUGGGGAGAAGCCACCGAAGCCCGACCAGCCAGUCUUUUUGGAGCUCAAGACCCAUCACGAAAGCUGGAUCUUCGCCAAGUCGGUCAAGGAAAGAGUGGCCAUCCUCGAGAGGGAUAUGAAUGCCUUUUUGUAUUCGAUGGACUCGGUCAUGUCGGAAGGCUACGCCGAGUCUUUGGUACUGGCGGCAACACCCAAGUUGAAGGGCGAGAAGCUGGCCAAAGCGAUUGAUCUAUUGAUUCGGAGCCAUACCUUGGUGGUCCGUCACAAGUUGCGCCCAUGUGUUCGGUCAACCUAUGAUCGAUUGGCCUUUCAAUCCUCCAAGAGCAACUCCCUUCGUCUUACUUUGGACCGCAAGGUUGUCGUCAGUGAUGAACGAGGAUGCAAGCAAGGGGAACAAUGGUAUGUUCCUUUUGAGCCCUACGAAUCCAAGCCAGAUGGGUCCGACAGAAGGACCAUCCCUUUUGCAGUCUUUGAGAUCAAAUUGGGCGAGGGUCAAGAGUCUACUGCUUUGAAUGAAUGCAUCGACAAUGGAACCAUUUUGGAUGCUGCCAAGUUUUCCAAGUUCUUGACGGGUGCGGCAACCUUCAACACUGUGAAUCACUUGCCCUAUUGGGCGGACCAUCCUGCCUUUCAGACCUUCUUCUACCAAGCAUCGGCAUUGUCGUCAUCGAAACUAUCUUCUCUUCGUGAUGUCCCAUACAAUAAUGAUGGAGAGAUUAGUCUCACGGCAUCCUGUUCUUCUAAUACAGUGGGAUCGCGCCGAGAUCGCAACGAUCGCAAGUCGAGCAAAAAAGUCUUGCCUUUCUUGCCGCAAAGAGUACGAGGAAAUGCUUUUGUGGCGCCCAAGAAGGCAGUCCGAAUCGAGCCCAAGACCUAUUUUGCAAACGAGCGAACCUUCAUUCAGUGGGUCAGUGCCGCCUUGUUCUUGGUGACUACUUCUGCAAUUUUGCUCGAGGCUGAAAAUGGAGAAGGCUAUGCCAAGCUGACGGCCACAACUCUUUUGAUCUUUGCCUUGAUCAUUGCGAUAUACGCGGUGGGACUCUAUUACUCUCGCCUUUGGCUCUUGACCAACGCUCGGCCCUACGGAUACAUCAGUCAUUUUGGACCCUUUGUUUUGACUAGUGCAGCCAUAGCUGGGACCUGGGUAAUUUUGCGUCAGAUUCGUUUGGUCGAAUUCCAGGGAUAUCCCGCAGUUUUCUGUGAAGCCAGCUUUCUCUUUUUUUUGGACAGUCGAUGUGGUCAUUUUCACCCUCUUCUGCACGAAACUUCAAAAAUCGACUUUCACUUAUUGCCUGCCAGAAAGAAACUUCUACGACAAGGAAUUUUAUAA